ACUCUCAUAAUUAUAUAAAUCUAUUCCAUCAGAUUUAACAAUGAUGUAAGCUGUGCCGGGAAGGAUGGGGGACGUGUAUAACUCUAUUGUGUAUCCACCAAAAUCUAAAGAUCGUCCUGGUAGUGUUCUAACUGUAGAAGAGGAGGCUGCAACUAGAAAGUUUCUUGAAAACGUAAACAAAUGGAGGAUAGCAAACAGCAUGGUGGAGUUGCCCUGGGCAUCUGCUGUCAAGUUCUUGAUGGCUCGGAAGUUCAACGUUGAGCGAGCGCUUAUGCUCUACCAGCAGCACGAGAUCAUGAGAAUAAGGGAAGGAUUAAAAUACUUUGACUCCAGUUCUGAGCCUCUAAGGAAGGAAUUAGCUCAGGGAAAAUUUACAAUUCUGCCUUCUAAGGACCCUAAUGGCGCUACCUUGGCUCUCUUUAACCUUUUUCUUCACGAACCUGGUCAAGUGUCCCAUCAAACUGUACUACAGUGUGUAGUUUACCAGCUUGACAUAGCUUUAGAAGAGAUUGAAACCCAGCGGAAUGGAUUGGUUUUCAUCUACAACAUGUCAAACUCAAAAUACUCAAACUUUGAUUACGAUCUGUCUCAGAAAAUGUUAACACUGUUAAAGGGCUGUUAUCCCGCGAGGUUGAAAAAGGUUCUUAUUGUUACAGCACCACUUUGGUUUAAAGCUCCUUUUAAGGUACUAAGAUUGUUUGUGAGGGAGAAACUACGAGACCGGGUCUUUACUGUUAAUCUUACACAGCUGUUGCUUCAUGUUGAACCAAGCUCUCUGCCCAGCGAACUCGGUGGGUCACUAAACUAUAGCCAUCAAACAUGGAUGAAAGCCUGUCAAACAAUUGCCGAGGAAAAGGGAGGGGAACUGUUAACCAUGACGCACUCUACAACUCAAUCUAGAUCCCCGGCUGCCAGCAGUUCACCUAUUCAUUUACCGGAACAGGAAUUGCUGGGUAUAUCAAACGGACUUGAAGAAACCUUGAGGUUUGAUGAGGAUUGUGAAGAUGAUAUAACUGAACCUAUUGCAUCCUGUACUAGUGUUAGUUCUCAGGUUAAUGGGAAACUCUCCGAACACGUGGAUGCUGUAAGCCUUGUAGACAAAAUUACAGACGUACCUGUAAGCAUAGAAUGUAUGGUAGGAGAGGAGUCCCCGGCUAGCCUGGAUGUUUUUGAUUCUGUUAUUGAUGAAGAAGGGAUGAGCUUGGAUGAGUUUGUGACCUAUGUUAGGACAACAACUAGAAAUGGUUUAUUCGACCAGUACCAGGAAACAAAUCGGUAUACUGAUGUUUUGUGCUACGAUCAUACGAGAGUAAUUCUCUCUAGGGAUGAUAAUGACGGAGAUACAGACUAUAUCAACGCUAAUUUCGUAGACGGUUACAAACAGAAGAACGCCUUUAUAUCAUGUCAGGGUCCUCUACCUAGAACAUAUACGGAUAUGUGGCAGAUGGUGUGGGAGCAGAGAGUAUGUGUUAUUGUUAUGACAACGCGCACCGUGGAGCGCGGUAGAACUAAAUGUGGUCAAUACUGGCCUCUAGAACCUUCUACAGUAUUAGACUGUGGGCAUUAUAGAAUAAACUGUGAUAGUAUAGAAAAUUAUCAAGACUUUAUCCUUACAGAGCUCACCCUGACCAACACAAGAACUGGAGAGAAAAGAUCAGUUUCACACUUUGCGUUCAGUAGUUGGCCUGAUUACGGAACCCCUGAGUCUGCGUUGUCAAUGCUUCAGUUCCUACAAUGUGUCAGAGAAAGACAGGCUGAGAUGACCGCAGAACUGAUUGGUUGGACCGGUCAUCCGUUAGGACCUCCCAUUGUAGUUCAUUGUUCUGCAGGAAUUGGGCGUACUGGAACAUUCUGUACUUUGGACAUUGCAAUAAGAAAGUUUGAGGAUACAGAGAAGAUUGAUAUCAAACGGACAGUUGAUUGUAUUCGUGGUAUGAGAGCCUUCUCUAUACAGAUGCCAGACCAAUAUGUCUUCUGUCAUCUAGCCUUCCUAGAGUAUGUUCUGAAUAUGGGAUAUGUCGAGGAAAUAGAUUUAACUGGAUUUGAUGAAGAUAUUCAGGAUUAGACAAUCUCUAAACACAAGUUUGACAAAUAUUUUAUCAAACAUUUUAAAUCUCGACACUUUAUUAUGUUAUUAAUUUUUUUUGUUUCAGGAAACAAAUACACUUGAAGCUUUAAUAAGAUUGGUUUUGUACUUCUGUAUACUAUUGUGUAUACUGUUGUUUAGUGAUUAAUAUUCAUUUUCCACAAUUUAUACUUAAUUACUUGUCAAAUUAUAAAAUGUAUAUGAAGUUUAUGUACAUUAAAUGUUAUCCAUUAUCAUUCAACCUUUUAUUUUAAAUUUCCCGUGACUUUUCAGCACACAGUGCUACUAAUAUGUAUUGGAUUGAAUCCUUCAGUUAAAUUCGCGUAUAUUAGAUCUUAGAAGGAGUUUCAGUUUUAAAAUUUGAUUUUCCAGCCCUAAUCUACAGACCUAUACUCAGUAGUGACUUUGUUAAUUGAACAAAUAAGAAUUCUUAGAUCUACUUGGUUGGAAAAUUGUAGACUAAUCUACAUUAAUGAAUAAGAACUAGAUCUUAAAUUGUAAGAACAAAAAUCCUCUAGAAAUGAUAUCUUGAAAUAUCCUUACAUGAGAAUUUAAUAUCAGUGAUACAGGAGAUAACAUCAAGUAUUAUAUAACGGGGGAAUAUUUUUGUAUCCUCAUGUACUACAGUGAUAACAAGAAAACUAGAAUAUGAAGACGACAAUAUAGCAAAAUAAAAGUGCAUUUGAUGUUGCUUCAAAGCAAAUAGCUUUACUAGUAAGUAAUUAAAUCACUUCUUUAGUGAAAUUAUCUGUUUACACUGCACAAUUGCUGUUUCAUGCUCGUUGGCCUAUUGAAGGUUUUUACUUGAAUUUAAAAGUCGAAUUCAUAUUCCGGAGAGUUUUCUGGUCAUCACGGUAGGACGUAGGUAAAUUGUAUCCAUUGUGCGAAAGUUGAAUCCAGGUUCAUUUCAGAUAUCAGUGUGGCUUGGUAUCAAUAAAUAUUACAUGUAUUUAGUCAAACCAUAAUCUUUUAUCAAUUAAGCAUUGUUUUAUAAUAUUUACAUAAAAAUUUACAUUUGUUUCGUGAUUCGAAUAUGUGUUAGUUAGCCUUUAAUAAUUUUAUAUAUAUUUCAAAAUUUAGUUUAGCAUAAUUGCUUCUUAAUAUAAUGAAAGAUUUAAUUCAUUCUUACAUAAAUGAAGAAGCUGAAUUCACGGGUGUUGAAUCCCCUUUACCCCUUUUUUUUUGGAAAGCAUGAAGUUAAAAUUUGUCCAAUAGAUGAAGGAGGAUUCUAUGGAAUCAUACCCGUGAAUAUGCUUGAGAAAUUAAUAUUUAUUCAAUCAAAGAAAAUCCAAAAAACGCUUAGAAUAUAUUUGAAAAUUGUAAUUGUGAAGAAUAUGUAUUGUAAUUAUGUAGUUCAAAUUUGCGCUCAUUUUAGUAUCAAAUAUGUUAUGCUUCCGAUUCAAUAACCUUUGUUUAUGAGUUCAUAUCGUAAGAUUACUUUCAACAAAAUAAAAAUGGUAUUUUUUCUAAUUUUUUUAAAUCAAAGGCCAAAGUACGAGAUAUAGAAACUCAAACUAACAACGCGGUAAUUUUUACAAACCAAAAAUGUGCAGAAAUUUACAUGAGCAAGUGUUUAGAUAAAACGUGAAAACUGCUAGCUAAUUGUCAAUUCAAAAGCCUAAAAAAUAAAAAUAUUAAGUUUCAAUUCUUGGAAAUGUGGACUGCUUUAACUUCUGCAUCAGCAACUAAUAAUUAAAUACAAAAUGUGGAUUUACAUUUUGUAUUUCCAUUUGACUUGCCUUCUUGGCUUUAUUUAUGUUUUGCUCAUUAUAAAUUUAAUUUCAAAUUAGGCGGCCUCAAUUUAAAAACAGAUAACUGUGUUUGUCGUUAAACGGAAUCCUUGUCAAUACAUAUAUAUAUAUAUCUAGUGCAUUUACACGGGGGCGGCCAUUAAUUUCAAUCAAUCAAUAAAUUUAUAUUCAAGCAUGGGAGAAUACAUUCCUAUUUUGUGCAAGAUGAGAUUUUAAGUGAUCAACAAUUGCAAUGAAGAAAAUAACUUGUCUCUGCACUCGUCAGAUUAAAAACUCUAUAUAUAUAUAUAUAUAAAUAUAUAUAUAUAUAUAUUGAUUGAAUGAUUGAUAGAUUACAGCUGAUGCCCUCUUCAGUACAUCCUGUCUGUGAAUUGUUCAUCAUAUACAUAUCUUUUAUUUUAAUAAAACCAGUUUAAACCCAA